CGCCUGCGGCGGGCGGGGGGGAGUUUCCAGGAAGUGGCCAUAUUGGAUCCAUUCAGCCGCAUCCCGCCGCGCCGGGGAGAGCCGCGCCAGCCCCGGCCAUGGCCGCCACCGACCUGGAGCGCUUCUCGAAUGAAGAGAAGAGGAACCUUUCCCUGGGGGGCCAUGUGGGCUUCGACAGUCUCCCCGAUCAGCUGGUCAGCAAGUCUGUCACCCAAGGCUUCAGCUUCAACAUCCUCUGUGUGGGUGAGACGGGCAUUGGGAAAUCCACGCUAAUGAACACCCUCUUCAACACCACCUUUGAGACGGAGGAAGCCAGUCACUAUGAGAGUGCAGUUCGCUUGCGGCCACGGACCUAUGACCUGCAGGAGAGCAACGUCCACCUGAAGCUAACGAUCGUGGACGCCGUUGGAUUUGGGGAUCAGAUAAAUAAAGACGAAAGUUACAGGCCGAUAGUAGAGUACAUUGAUACGCAGUUUGAAAAUUAUUUGCAAGAAGAGCUGAAAAUCCGCCGAUCUCUCUUCAACUAUCAUGACACGAGGAUUCACGUCUGCCUGUACUUCAUCACCCCCACCGGGCACUCACUCAAGUCCUUGGACCUGGUGACAAUGAAGAAGUUGGACAGCAAGGUGAACAUCAUCCCCAUUAUUGCCAAAGCAGACACCAUCUCCAAGAGCGAAUUGCACAAGUUCAAGAUAAAGAUAAUGAGUGAGCUGGUCAGCAAUGGUGUGCAGAUCUACCAGUUCCCCACGGACGACGAAGCGGUGGCUGAGAUCAACUCUGUGAUGAACGCCCAUCUGCCCUUCGCCGUGGUCGGCAGCACGGAGGAGGUGAAGGUUGGGAACAAGCUGGUGAGAGCCCGGCAGUACCCGUGGGGAGUGGUGCAAGUGGAGAAUGAAAGUCACUGUGACUUUGUGAAACUGCGGGAGAUGCUGAUUCGAGUCAACAUGGAGGAUCUUCGGGAGCAGACUCACACCCGCCACUACGAGCUCUACAGGAGGUGCAAACUGGAGGAGAUGGGCUUUAAGGACACGGAUCCAGACAGCCAGCCCUUCAGCCUCCAAGAAACAUACGAGACCAAAAGGAAAGAGUUCUUGGGCGAGCUCCAGAAGAAAGAGGAGGAAAUGAGACAAAUGUUUGUUAACAAAGUCAAGGAGACAGAGGCAGAGCUGAAGGAGAAGGAGAGAGAGCUGCACGAGAAAUUUGAGCACUUAAAAAGGAUACACCAGGAAGAGAAAAGGAAGGUGGAGGAGAAGAGGAGGGAGCUGGAGGAAGAGAUGAACGCUUUCAACAGGCGGAAAGUAGCGGUGGAAACCUUGCAGUCCCAAUCCUUGCAGGCUACCUCACAGCAGCCGCUGAAGAAGGACAAAGACAAGAAAAAGUAAGUGAC